AUGAGAUACCUCUUUGCUUUUCUACCUUUGAUCGGCGGUGCUCUAGCUAGCCCGCUUCCAUCUCCUGAAGAUGCCUUCUCUCAACCUUCAUGGGGUUUCGAAGUUGUCACUACGACUGUCACCGGAUCCGUCGGUACUGUAAUUGCCACACGCACACAAUGGAUGUCCGAUGAUAAUUUAACUUCAGUAAAUCAAGGUACUACCGCCUUCGUUACUUCGGUGGUGACCAGCUAUUCACGUCACUCUGAAAGUACCUGGACUACUGCUCCUUCAUCUUCAUCCGAAAGUAGCGCAACAAGGACAUCGACCACGGCGAGGCCCACUAGUACAACUACCAGUGAUGAGCGAGAGUCGAGCACCAAACAAGAAGAUAAACCAAGCUCUACCGAAAGCAAACAACCUGAAGCUACUGAAUUUACACCUCCCGCCAACGAUAUGAAGAAUAGUGCCAAAGUAGAGCAGGCGGCUAGGGAUGUACAGGAAGCCGGGGUUUUCGCUUUGUUCGAGAGUAAUGCACCUAUCAAAUUAGAAGGAUCGGAAGAAGAGAAAGAUAUCAAAGAUCAUUUCAAGUGCACAUUGAAACUUCACCCUGCGCCAGCUGGUAGGUAUGCCUAUCUUCAGGCGCUCGCGUCUAAUCCCUGGUACAACUACAAAGAUAGCGAUUGUAUUAUGGAAAUCAAGUGUGAUGAUUGGGAGAGAGAUAAGGAAGAUGGAUGUACGGCCCAGCCAGACUAG